AUGGCUUCUACAACCUGUACCAGGUUCACCGACGAGUAUCAGUUGUAUGAGGAGCUGGGAAAGGGCGCCUUCUCCGUGGUUAGAAGAUGUAUGAAAAUCUCAACUGGUCAAGAGUACGCUGCCAAAAUCAUCAACACCAAGAAACUCUCUGCCAGGGAUCACCAGAAACUGGAGAGAGAGGCCAGGAUCUGUCGUCUUCUCAAGCACCCCAACAUCGUGCGACUCCAUGACAGCAUAUCCGAGGAGGGGUUCCAUUAUCUUGUCUUUGAUUUAGUUACUGGAGGGGAACUGUUCGAAGACAUUGUCGCCAGAGAGUACUACAGUGAAGCCGACGCAAGUCAUUGCAUUCAGCAGAUCCUAGAGGCCGUGCUUCACUGCCACCAGAUGGGUGUGGUCCAUCGCGACCUGAAGCCAGAAAAUCUUCUUCUAGCCAGCAAACUCAAGGGAGCGGCGGUGAAACUGGCUGACUUUGGAUUGGCUAUUGAGGUUCAGGGAGAUCAGCAAGCAUGGUUUGGUUUUGCUGGGACCCCAGGUUACCUUUCACCUGAAGUGCUACGGAAAGACCCCUAUGGAAAACCAGUUGACAUGUGGGCCUGUGGUGUGAUCCUCUACAUUCUGCUGGUGGGCUAUCCUCCGUUCUGGGAUGAGGACCAACACCGACUCUACCAGCAGAUCAAGGCUGGCGCCUACGAUUUUCCCUCACCAGAGUGGGACACAGUGACCCCUGAAGCAAAAGACCUUAUUAAUAAGAUGCUGACCAUCAACCCUGUCAAGCGCAUCACUGCUGCAGAGGCUCUCAAACACCCCUGGAUCUGUCAACGCUCCACCGUGGCCUCCAUGAUGCACAGACAGGAGACUGUGGAGUGCCUGAAGAAGUUCAAUGCCAGAAGGAAACUCAAGGGUGCUAUCCUUACAACCAUGCUUGCUACACGAAAUUUCUCAACAGGCAAGACUGCAUUUAACAAGAAGCCGGAUGGUGUUAAGCCCAAAGUUCCUCCCCUCACUAGGAACUCCAACGUAGUCACCAGCCCCAAAGAGCCCGUCCCCACUCCUGCUCUGGAGCCUCAAACUACUGUUAUCCACAAUCCAACUGAUGGAAACAAGGAGUCCACGGAGAGUGCCAACACAACCAUUGAGGACGAGGACGUGAAAGCCCGAAAGCAGGAGAUUAUCAAAGUCACUGAACAGUUGAUUGAGGCCAUCAACAACGGAGAUUUUGAAGCCUACACGAAGAUAUGUGACCCCGGCCUUACAUCUUUUGAACCAGAGGCCUUGGGGAACCUGGUUGAAGGAACUGACUUUCACAGGUUCUAUUUUGAGAAUGCUCUAUCCAAAGGCCACAAGCCCAUCCACACCAUUCUGCUCAACCCCCACGUGCACCUCAUCGGAGAAGAUGCCGCCUGUGUUGCAUACAUCCGCCUGACCCAGUACAUGGACGCCAGCGGUUUGCCUCGCACCAUGCAGUCCGAAGAAACCCGCGUCUGGCACCGCCGUGAUGGCAAAUGGCAGAACAUCCACUUCCAUCGCUCCGGCUCCCCCACUGUGCCCGCCAAGUAAGGACACCAUCCAAUCACCUAGCCCAGCUCAGCUGGAAGCAGGCUGAUUUUUAGCCUUUCACAGUCAGCCAGCCCUUUUUAGAUCCA